AUGACUGUACCAACCGUCGAAACGAGAAGUGCAAACAAUUGCAAUGAAACGAAUUCACCAAAACGAUGGUCACAUAUAAGACGUGUGUUAGAACGUCCUGGACCGUUUUCUGACCCUGCUUUUGAGCCAUCAACAGAGAUAUUACCGUUUUUGGAAUCAAUGAAAAUUCUUAUUAUUGGAGCUGGCGGUUUGGGUUGUGAAUUAUUAAAAGAUUUGGCUUUAAUGGGUUUUCGACAAAUUAGUAUUAUUGAUAUGGAUACAAUUGAUUUAGCAAAUUUAAAUCGUCAAUUUUUAUUUAAAUUCAAAGAUAUUGGUAAACCAAAAGCAGAAGUAGCAGCUAAAUUUAUUAUGAAUCGAAUUCCUGCUUGUAAAGUCACACUACUUACGUAUGAUGAUGAAACCAAUCAAGUUGAUCCAUCAACAAUAAUACCACUAGUCGAUGGGGGUACAGAAGGUUUUAAAGGAAAUGCUCGUGUUAUUUAUCCAGGUAUUACUGCUUGUAUUGAAUGUAACUUGGAUUUAUUUCCGCCACAGGUUGCCUAUCCAAUGUGUACAUUAGCCAAUCAACCACGAUUACCAGAACAUUGCGUGGAAUGGGUAACAGUUUUACAUUGGAAAGAGCACAAUCCAUUUGGAAAAGAUGUUCGUAUUGAUGGAGAUAGUGUACAACAUAUUCAAUGGAUUUAUGAGCGAGCACUUGAGAGAGCAAAAACAUACAAAAUAACUGGCAUUACAUUUCGGUUUACACAAGGUGUUGUUAAAAGAAUUAUACCGGCAGUGGCAUCAACAAAUGCAAUUGUGGCAUCCAUAUCCGCAACAGAAGUUUUCAAAUUAGCAACACGUUCCGUAAUUCUAAUGAAUAAUUAUACCAUUUUCAACGAUAUUGAAGGCAUUUAUACUUAUACAUUUGAAGCAGAAAAAAAAAGUAAUUGUCCAGUAUGCUCUACAAUCCCUCAGAAAAUAGAAUUAAACGAAACAUCCAAAUUACAGGAAGUUCUUGAUACAUUAAUCGAAAGAUACAAUUUGAUAUCACCAGGAAUAACCACAGCCGAUAAUGAAGGUCAAAAUCGAACAUUGUAUAUGAUAUCUACUCAACAAUUUGAAGAAAUAACAAAACCUAAUUUGAACAAAACAUUACAAGAACUUAAUCUUACUGAUGGUACAGAAUUAACGGUUGUUGAUAAGACAAGAGCAAAUCCUAUGAGAAUUUUUCUUCAUAUAACUUCGUCAAUGGAAACAACCAGCAAAGAUUUAAUUUAUACUUGA